GGGAGCUAUAGCCGUCCAUCAGUCAGCCUCGGCAUUGCGUUAGCUAGCUAACUAGCUAGCUGAGCAGCGGCAGGAAUGAACCAUAAAAGCAAGAAGCGGAUUAAAGAGGCGCGGCGCAGCGCGCGGCCGGAGCUCAAGGACUCGCUGGACUGGAUCCGACACAACUACCACGAGUCCUUCGACGUGUCGCACCGGACUGUGACGGACAACGUGGAGCGCGUGGACGGGCUGCGCGUCAGCCCCGAGGAGUUUGUGCGGCGCUUCGAGCGGCCGUACCGGCCCGUGGUGCUGCAGCGCUGCCAGGAGAGCUGGCCGGCCCGCGAGAAGUGGAGCCUGGAGCGCCUCAAGCGCAAGUACCGCAACCAGAAGUUCAAGUGCGGCGAGGACAACGACGGCUACUCCGUGAAGAUGAAGAUGAAGUACUACCUGGAGUACCUGGAGAGCACGCGCGACGACAGCCCGCUCUACAUCUUCGACAGCAGCUACGGGGAGCACGGCAAGCGCGGCAAGCUGCUGGACGACUACCACGUGCCCCUGUUCUUCAGGGACGACCUGUUCCAGUUCGCUGGGGAGAAGCGCCGCCCGCCCUACAGGUGGUUCGUGAUGGGCCCGGCUCGCUCCGGGACCGGCAUCCACAUCGACCCGCUGGGCACCAGCGCCUGGAACGCUCUGGUCCAGGGCCACAAGAGGUGGUGCCUGUUCCCCACCAACACGCCCCGCGAGCUCAUCAAGGUCUCCAGGGAGGACGGGGGCAACCAGCAGGACGAGGCUAUCACCUGGUUCAGCGUGGUGUACCCCCGCACGCAGCAGCCCGGCUGGCCGCCCGAGUUCAGCCCGCUGGAGAUCCUCCAGAGGCCCGGAGAGACCGUGUUCGUGCCGGGCGGCUGGUGGCACGUGGUCCUCAACAUGGACACCACCAUCGCCGUCACGCAGAACUUCGCCAGCACCACCAACUUCCCCAUCGUGUGGCAUAAGACCGUCAGAGGCCGACCCAAGCUGUCCAGGAAGUGGUACCGGGUCCUGAAGCAGGAGAGGCCUGAUUUGGCGGUGCUGGCGGACAAAGUGGAUCUUCAGGAGUCGACGGGCAUCGCGUCAGACAGCUCUAGUGACUCUUCAUCCUCCUCUUCAUCCAGCUCCUCUGACUCUGACUCCAAUGCGGCGUCGGGCUCCGAGGAGGCCGUGUCCCACCGCAGGAAGAAGAGGAGGACUUCGGGGGCGUUGGCCAAUGGGGAGGUCAGAGGUCAGGACGACUGCGUCAGCAAGGAAAGGAGCUCGUCCCGGUGACCUCGGCCCUCGGCAGGCUCCGCCCCCUUCAGCUGGGGGUGGGGCCCCGUCACCACGGACCAGUCACCAGGCUAGUGAUGUUCACCUGUAUGAACUGGAGGGAACUGAAACCACAGAAGAAGAGACGAGGGACCCUCGGAGCACCAGCCAGGUUCUCUUUGAUUUUCAAAAUAAAAGUCCUGCUCCUCCAAAAACCAGAAGCUUCAGGACGAGGAGAAGUUUGAUAGUUUAUUUUACUAACUAUUCUCAUGUCCUCUCUCCUCUCUCUCCUCUCCUCUCUCCUCUGUUCAUUAAAGUAAACUCAUCUUUUGAGGAGAGAUUUUAAACGAGCUUUGUUUGGGCUGAUGACACGUGAUGUGUUCAAGGACCGCUGGAGAGAUGGGUUUAAUUUUUGUGGGUGCUGUUCUUUGGCGUUCAGAGGGUUAAAAGAGCCCAAAUGAUAGAGACCUACAACGGGCUUGUUGUUGUUGUUGAUGUGAAGCUAGAGGCCCGAGGCCUGUAGAAGGAAGACUUUCCUGCGAGCUGAUUGGUCGAGGCGUCGUCCCGGUGAUUUAAAGCCUUAAAGAAACAGAACCCUUUGAUCCAAAACUUCUUACGUCUGCAAACUUUUCCUCCUCUUCCUCUUCCUCCUCCUCCAGAAACUAAUCACUUCCUGUUGAACACAUAUCAAUAUCAACUCUUGAAUAUUGAAGCGCUGCAACAGGAAGUUAAGCAGCGGUUGUUGUUUAUUGGGUUAUUUGUUAUUUGUUUAUUGGGUUAAUUUUUAAAUCAAAUGGUUAAAAAGUUUUUUUUGGGGUUAUUUAGACUUUUUUCUUCCUGGUGGAACCAAACAAGACUUUUGAAGAGAAGUUUAACCCCAGAACAUGAAUAAUUAAAUAACUCACCGUGACUCCAAACUAACUAUCGAUGAAGGUUAAUAAACCAGAUGAUCAAUUACGUUAAAUAUCAGUUAGUCCUCAGUGAGAUCAGGUCCCUGAUGAGGGUUAUUGAUCGUCCUCGUGGCUUUAGACUCAAGUGCCUCUGCGUUAGUGCGCCUGAAGGCACCGCGUUGGCCCCUGAGGUCGGCCCCGUGGUGCCUUCAGGGCCUCUCCACUGAUCUGGGAUCAGAGUGGAUUUCAUUUUGUUGCUCAAUAAAAUAUUUUCUAUGACUCUU